UUUUCCAUUCUGAGCCCUUUAUUUUGUUUUGCAGAGAAGUAAAAACCAGAGAUGGCCAUGAUCGAGGUUACUGUGAAGACGCUCGACUCCCAGAGUCGUACCUAUGAAGUCGAAGAAGAGUUUACAGUCAAAGAAUUCAAAGACCACAUCUCCAGCUCGGUGAACAUCCCCGCUGACAAACAGAGGCUGAUUUACCAGGGCCGGGUGCUGCAAGAUGAGAAGAAAUUGAAAGAUUAUGACGUGCACCACAAGGUCAUCCACCUGGUGGAGCGGGCGCCACCGCAGACGCAACCCGCAGCCGGAGCCCCGUCCUCCGCCGGCACCUCCAUGCCCCACCCGGUGGGCCCGCGGGGGGCAACGGCCGGGCCCCACGACCGCAAUGCCAACAGCUACGUCAUGGUGGGCACCUUCAACUUGCCCGUCAACCUCCUCGAUCCUCAGCAGAUACAGCAAUCGGUGCAGCAGGUGAUGGCAGGUUUGGGCGAGGCUGGUCGGAGUACACGGGUCACAACAUCCACUGGGGGUGACGGAUCUUCGGUGGAUAUGCACAUCAAUGUGGAGCAGAGUCCCAUCCAGAGUGAGCCACGUGUUCGACUGGUGCUGGCCCAGCACAUGCUGAGGGACAUCCAGGGCAUCUUGAACAGGCUGGAGGGCCACGGCAACGGUGGCACUCAGGAGGCAGCGCCGGGCCCCGCGGACGCCGCCAGCCCAGCGGCAGAGCCGGUGCCUCCCACCGCUCCUCCGGCAGCCGGGGAGGCCAUGGAGACGUCUGGCACGGAGCCGCCGGCAGCCACGGCCGCCCUGGCGCCGGACCCACCAGCGGAGGGCGCGACUGAAGAGGGCGCCACCGCGUCCGAGGGCGCCGAGCCGAGCCUGUCGUCCGCCACCACGCAGACCGAGGAAGCGGCACCUGGCCCCAAUCACCCAUCCCCCACAGAGUACCUGGAGGUCCUGAUGGAACUGCAGCGGGUGGAGUCGAGACUGCAGCCCUUCGUCCAGAGAUACCAGGAGAUACUGAGCACGGCCACCACCGCCGACUACAACAACAAUACGGAGAGCAGGGAGGAGGACCAGAGGACCAUCAACCUCGUUGGGGAGGCACUCCGCUUCCUGGGCAACACCUUUGUGGCUCUGUCCGACCUGCGGUGCAACCUGGCGGCCAACACCCCCCGCCACCUGCACGUGGUGCGGCCCAUGUCCCACUACGCUUCACCCGUGGUGCUGCAGCAGGCUCUGCCCAUUCAGCAGAUCAACGUGGGGACCACAGUCACCAUGACGACCAACGGCAACCGGCCGCAGCAGCAGCACGGGGCUGAGGGCCAGCCGUCAGCCCCGACGGCCUCCAGCACAGCGGCCCCCGCUCAGACGCCGGCCCCCACCGAGUCGCAAGAGGCACCGGAGGGCCAGGGGCCACAGCAGGGCCAGGGCCAGCAGCAGGUUCCGGGCCCGGGCCAGAACUCCCAUCCUAGGGUGAUCCGCAUCACCCAUCAGACCAUGGAGCCCGUGGUCAUGAUGCAGAUGAACCUGCAAGGAGAUUCUGCCUCUCCUGGGAAUCCGUCUGCAACAAACGCCUCUGCGCCAGGAAGUACUGGGCCAGGUGGAAUGCCUCACAUUCAGAUCCCGGGGGUGUCCCCUGAGUUCCUGCAGACCAUCAUGCACCAGAUCACUCAACAAGCCAUGGCCGCAGCCGGAGCCAACACAGGGCAGCCAGCGACUGGAUUCCAGCCGUCCCCGGCACGCGUGGUGAUAACCAGGCCGCCCCCUCCCCCCCCGCGACAGACUCAACCCCCAGCCGGCCCACAGACGGGAACACAGGUUCCUCCUGGCUCAGCUCCCGGUCCGACUCCCGCUCCGGCUCCGGCUCCGGCUCCAUCUCCGGCUCCUGCUCCGGGCCCCACCUCCGCUGCACCCCCCGCCCCUGGCCCAGCCACUCUGGCGCAGAUGAUCACCGGGCUGGUCGGACAACUCCUCAUGCAGCCUGUGGUCUUCGCCCAGCCCACGACAGCGAGCACCACCACCUCCGCCACGACCACCGACGCCAACUUCACCACCCACACCAGCUCCAGCUCCAGCUCCUGCUCUACCUCCACCUCCACCUCGACCAGCACGUCUGCCGCGGCAGACCCCGGCGCAGUGCCGCCUCCCGCUGGCCAGCCCGACGUGCAGCUCUCCCAGCUGCUGGGCACCCUACUGGGAGCGGCGGGCACCGCCGUGGGCAGCGUGGCCAGCGUAGGCUCGCCCACCAUCACCGUCACCCUGCCGGGAAUGCCGGCCUUCGUACAGGGAAUGACGGAGUUUCUGCAGGCGGCGCAGGGAGUGGCGACGGAGAUGCCCGCCGGGGGCCAGCCCGCCACGGCGCAGACGACGGCCCCGCCUCAGGUGCCGCCGGCAACCCAGCCGCAGCAACAGCAGCAGCAACAGCAGCAACAGCAGCAGCAGCAGCAGCAACAGCAGCCGCCACCACCCAGCCAGGAGCGGGACAGCAGCAGGCAGCAGCAGUCGGGAGCAGACACCCUGACGCCCGAGUUCUUCACCAGCGUGGUGCAGGGCGUCCUCUCCUCCAUGAUGGGCUCCCUGAACGCGCAGCAGGGCAGCACCGAGAGCAUCGCCGACUUCAUCCAGCGGCUCAGCGGCACCAGCAACAUCUUCGAGCCCGGGGCCGACGGGGCCAUCGGGUUUUUCGGGGACCUGCUGUCGCUCAUCUGCCAGAACUUCUCCAUGGUGGACAUGAUCAUGCUGCUGCACGGACAGUUUCAGCCGCUACAGCGCAUCCAGCCGCAGCUCCACCGCUUCUUCCAGCAGCACUACCUCGACGGGCAGGAGCCCACCCCGCACAACAUUCAGGCAUCAACUGACGUCUUGAUCUCUGGCUUGGAGGAGUACGUCCGUGAAAGUUUUGCAUCAGUGGCGGUGCGUGACGACGUGGACAUCACGAGGACAAACCUGGACUUCCUACGGGAGCAGUUCAACAGGAUCGCCACACACAUUCUCCAGUGCACUGAUGCCACGUUUGGCCAGGGCCUGCUGGAGUUGUGUAACCGUGCUUUGUUCGAGUGCCUGGCCCUCAACCUCUACAGCCUGCGGGGGGAGCAGAGUGCCCUGACCAACGUGAUCAACGACAGGAUCCGCCGGAUGUCGGCGGAUGUCAACCCAUCACUGGUGAACUGGCUCACCACCAUGAUGGCCAUGCGGCUGCAGGUGAUCAUGGAGCACAUGCCGGUCACCGAGGAGCAGAUCCUGCCCUACGUCCGGAGGAGGGAGCCUCGGACACAGGAGCCGGAGACGCGACAGAACAUCCCAGAGGAAUGCACAGAGGAACGGCCCACGGACUCCGAGGAGCCCGAGCAGGAAGUGCCGCAGAGGAAAGAGUCGACGGCAUCACCGGCCCCGGCCACCACCGCUGAGGAGGUGAUGUCCACCGAGCCGGCCGUGUCGCUGGGCGGCGACACCACGCAGAGGGAAGGAGCGGAGGCGGAGACAGAGACGUGGGUGGCUGCUGUCCCACCGGAAUGGGUUCCGGUCAUCCAGCAAGACAUUCAGAGCCAGAGGAAAAUGAAGCCUCAGCCUCCAGUCAGUGACGCCUACCUCAGCGGGAUGCCGGCCAAACGGCGAAAGACCAUGCAGUGCGAGGGACCACCCCGCUCGCUGGCCGACGCCGUGGGCAAAGCCGCCAAGGCCGCGGGCGUGAAGCCGGUCACCAGCGCGGACAGCCUGGCCAGGGACCUGGAGCGGACCGAGGUUCAGGAGGCUUAUCGGCAACAGAUCCAGUCGGACAUCCAGAAGAGGAUCAGGGAAGACCCAGAGUACAACCCGCAGCGGUUCCCAAACACACACACCGCCUUCGAGGAGCGCUCCUAGUGCCGGGAUCCAGCAGCGACGGCGGGCAGCCGGCCGGCGAGCACAGGGUCGGCUAGUGGAGGACCAGCCUCCGCCACUUUUAACUAUUCGCUGGACUCUGGCCGUUGCACUUUCUGUUGUUUAGUUCUUGAACCUUAAAUAAAAUACCACAGCCCAGGG